UACAACCCUAUCUAUUAUCCUAUUUUUUUCUUCUUCUUCUUUCUUUUAAUUGUGAAAAUAUUUUCGCAUCCUUAAUUCUUCAUCGGCUCAAGCAUGUGUUUAUUUUCGGGUAAAUUAGAACGGGAUCUCUAAUUUUAUAUUUUCUCUGUGUACAUCUGCUAUAGUGGAAGUGCUGUUUUUCAGCCAUGGAGUAGUCAUAAUUGAUCAAAUCAAACUAUUCUCUAUGUCAAUUUGAAAGGUUAAAAAUGGAGGUGGCAGCGCAGUUAAAGAGAGGGAUAUUGAGACAAUUCUCAACAGGAUCCUUUAGGAAGAGCGGAAAAUUCAGUUUCAAGAGGCAGAAUUCAUUCGAUCCAAGGAGGAAUAAUUUGAGGUUCAGUUUCGGCAGGCAGUCGUCCCUUGAUCCGAUUCGAAGGAGUUCUUCGAAUGAAAAUGGCGAGCUGAGUGUGCCAGACAAUCUCGAUUCGACGAUGCAACUGUUAUUCAUGGCGUGUAAAGGGGAUGUGAAGGGAGUUCAGGACUUGUUGGAUGAAGGCAUUGAUGUGAACAGCAUCGAUUUGGAUGGUAGGACUGCUCUUCACAUUGCUGCCUGUGAAGGCCAUGUGGAAGUUGUCAAGCUUCUGUUGAGUAGGAAGGCUAAUAUGGAUGGCCGUGAUCGUUGGGGUAGCACGGCAGUAGCUGAUGCCAAAUACUAUGGAAAUGCUGAAAUUUACAACAUUUUGAAGGCCCGUGGAGCCAAAGUGCCAAAAAACAGAAAGACGCCAAUGGCUGUAGCAAAUCCUCGAGAAGUUCCAGAAUAUGAACUAAACCCUCUGGAACUUCAAAUCCGCAGAAGUGAUGGAAUCUCAAAGGGUUCAUAUCAAAUUGCCAAAUGGAAUGGAACGAAAGUUUCGGUAAAGAUACUUGACAAGGAUAGCUAUACAGACCCUGAAAGCAUAGAUGCUUUCAAACAUGAAUUAACUUUGCUAGAAAAAGUACGGCAUCCAAAUGUUGUUCAGUUUGUUGGAGCAGUCACACAAAAUAUACCAAUGAUGAUAGUCUCUGAGUAUCAUCCAAGGGGUGACUUAGGUAGCUAUCUGCAAAAGAAGGGACGUCUAUCUCCUUCUAAGGGGCUACGAUUUGCUCUUGAUGUUGCUAGGGGUAUGAACUACCUUCACGAAUGCAAACCAGACUCAAUUAUCCAUUGUAAUCUAAAGCCAAAAAAUAUUUUGCUGGACAAUGGAGGUCUCCUGAAAGUUGCAGGAUUCGGUCUGAUUAGAUUGUCAAAAAUUUCACCUGACAAAGCAAAGUUGGUGCAGCCGGAGGCUGUUGACCGUUCAAGUCCCUAUGUGGCACCUGAGAUUUAUAAAGAUGAAAUAUUUGACCGGAAUGUGGACAUAUAUUCAUUUGGCAUUGUACUCUAUGAGAUGAUGGAGGGAAGACCACCUUUUCAUACCAAGUCUCCUCAAGAGGCCGCUAGAAUGAUGUGCUUAGAAGGCCAAAGACCAGCAUUCAAAUCGAAAUCCAAAUAUCCUCCAGAGCUUAGAGAGUUGAUUGAAGAAUGUUGGGAUCCAGAAGCUUUUGUACGGCCGACAUUUUCUGAGAUCAUUGUGCGGAUGAAUAAAAUUGCUGCUUACUGCUCAAAACAAGGAUGGUUGAAAGAUACUUUUAAGCUUCCUUGGUUAUAAGCGUGCAUACAAAGUGCAAAGACGUGGACAAAAAUGAACACAAUUGAGCUUAUCAGCGGAAGAUUCUCGUGGAGCUUUCCACUCAAAAUUGAUCGUGCGGAAACAUAUGAUAAACCUAAUAAGCAACCUUCUAUUCGCGUGAUUCCUUGAAAGCUUUAUAUUGUGGUUAACCAAAUAAAAGGCAGAUUUGCAGGGUGAAGGAAAUGGGGUUACCAUUAAAUCAUGGCUCUCCCAUGUUGUCUCCUGUUCUCAGUAAGUUUGACCUCCACUAUAUAUAUAUAUAUGAAGCAUCUUUGUUUAAUCUAUAGUAUUUGAACACGGUGUGAACCAAGUAUAUUUUGCUUUACGAGGGGAAAACAAAAGGUUAUAUAAGAAAAACUGGAUACUACUGCAUAUCCAUCUAUUUCUAUUCUUCUUAUUUUCCUUUUCUUGUUUGAUUUUUAAAGAACACUACCAUUCCAUUUU